CUUCCUCUCGCCGCAAACCUGCUCGCUGCCGUCUGCGCUCCUCGAGCCCGCCCUGAACGGCUGAACCUCGCGUAAACCCCAGUCCCCCCGCCCCGCGUGGUGAGAGAAGAAAGGGUUUGCCUUCGCCGGAUGAAAACGAGGUCGCAGACGGCGCCGAAGCCCCUCAAGACAGUGGCGCUGGCGCCCAGGCCGAGGCCCAAGCCAAGCGGGAAGGGCGACGCGCGCGCCCCCAAGAAGCCCCCUACCGCCUUCUUCUACUUCAUGGAGGACUUCCGGAAGACUUACAAGCAGGAAAAUCCAAGUGUAAAAACAAUGCAGGAAAUAGGGAAGGCAUGCGGCGAGAAAUGGAAUACAAUGACAUUCGAGGAAAAAGUGAAGUAUUAUGAUAUAGCUACUGAGAAGCGUGCAGAAUUUGAGAAGGCGAUGGUUGAAUAUAAUAAGAAAAAGGAAAGUGGAGACAUGUCCGAGGAAUCAGAUUAAGACUAGAACUUAACAUCGGGCUGUUCCGAAUUUCUGAUGGUUCACCGUAACUGGAUAAACUAUCAAUUGUAUAUUACAGAACUGUGCCUUGUAAUGUAAUUUGUAUAUUCUAGGAAUUUCAGCUCAUGCAGGAUCGUACCUUCUGUAAUGGACUGAUAGUAUUAAACUGCCACGGAGUCUGAUACGGGUGGUUUUCACCUGGACCUUAUUU